GUGAGAAUGCCCGUGUUCUACUGACAGAACUGACACGGGCUCAGCAGGCAUGGAGGCCCGGUUUUGUGAAUGAGGCCCAGUCCAAAUCGGCUUGGCUCCGAUAACUCAAGCCCAGAGAGAUUCGGCGGCGUUGGAGAUUGCACGGGCAACCUACCGCUCCUGAAAGACGGAGAGAGAAGACCGGACGGCCGGAGAAGGACAGACCGACGGCCGCCGCACAAGGAUUGCUUUCCCGCCCUUGUUGACCCCCCCUCCCCCUCUCCCUUUCCCCCCUUUCCCUCCUCCCCAGCCCUCCACCUGCCCCUGGAAGCUCCGCACGGGGGCGGCACCACCCUAACCCUCCCCCAAAAGCCCCUGAUGGAUCAGCGGACCCAGGGAGGGUCCGCCUCUCCGGCCCCGCCCCCUCCCGCCGCCCCUCCCCCGGGGGAGCGGGAGAAGGAGGGAGUGGGCGGGAAGAAGGAAGAGGAGAAGAGAGACAAGGAGAGAGAGGGAGCUCCGCCGGAGGCCGGAGGCGGGGCGGGCGCCGUCGUCGCCGCCGGCGACCAGCAGCAGUUCUCCAUCAAGGAGACCAACUUCUCGGAGGGCAGCGUCAAGCUGAAGAUCGGCCUGCAGGCCAAGCGCAUGAAGAAGCCGCCCAAGAUCCUGGAGAACUACGUGUGCCGGCCCGCCAUCCGGACCUCCGUCAGGCAGGGGCGGGGCGGCGGGCGGGGCUGCCGCGGGGGCGGGGCCACCGGGGCGGGCGGCGGCGGCGGCGGCGGCGCUCACGACGGGGACCGGGACAGGACCGCGGCUCCGAGCCCCGCCCCGAACCCGCCCCCUGCGCUCCCUUCACCCGCCACGGCCCCGGCUCCUCCCCCCCCUCCUCCUGCCCCGCCGAGCCCAUUCGCCGGGAACCCCCCAGGGAAAAGGGGUCCCCCGAAGCUGGCCCGUAAGGCGGAGGCGAAGUCGGAUCCCCCUACGGAGAGGCCCGCUGUCCCUCAUCGACCCGGAACGGACGACGAACUGACCCCGCCUCAAAAGAAGAGCCCCCCUCCGCCGCCCGGCAGCCCUCCCUCCUCCGCCCCCGCCCCUCCCCUCCCGGCCCCCUCCGCGCAGGGCCCUAAGGAAGCGGGGGGGUCCGACGGAGCGUCCAGGCCCCCCCAGAGCGCGCCCGGCGAGGGUCCGAGGGAGAGGGACCGAGGCGGGGCGAGCAGGGGCUCGCCCACCGUCACGGAGAAGCUGGCUCAGCUCAUCGCCAUCUGCCCCCCCUCCAAGUCCGCCAAGGGCAAGGUCCGCAGGAUCCCCUCCUCCUCCUCCUCCUCGAAUGUGAACUCGCCCGCCGCCCCCGCGGUCCCCAGCCCGCCGCGGCCGGACCCGGCCUCGCUCGGCAGAGCGUCGGGUCCCGCCGCCGCCGCCGCCGCCUCGUCCGUCUCCCGGCCGCCCCACCCUCCCGGAGCGGUUUCACGGCCCCCCGGCCGCCCCCCCGGCUCGCGGAACAAAGACAGCGCGCUGGACAAGCUUUCGGCCCCGUCCAGGAAGGAGGAGGGGGACGGGGACGGGAAGAGAGGCAACGGCGGCGGCGCUAACGGCAACGGUAACCCAGCAACCGCUGCAAACGGCAGCAACGGCAACGGCAACGGCGUCCGGCAACAGCCGCCUGUCGCCUAUCACCCCGCGUCAUCUUCAUCGUCGCUUAAGUCGUCCUCGGACCAGAGGGUCGGCGGCGCGUUGGACGGGCGACGGUGUCCCGCCGCCUCUCUCCCCAGGGGCGGGCCCGCCCACUCGGCCGAGAGCGGCGAGCGAGAGCGCGACGCGGAGAGGGACGGCCCCAGAGACUUGAGCAAGGGCGCCGCCUCGUCGAAACCCGGAAGGCGAGAGGCGGCCGGCAAGGGGGCGGCCGCUUCCCCUUCCCGGGGCGAGGGCAGGAAGAGCUCGAGCCCCAAGAGCCGCAGCUCCAGCCGGGACCCCCCGGAGCCCGCCAGGCGGACCUCCUCGCCCGGCGACCCUCCCUUCGCCAGCGCCCCGCCCGGUCCUCGAAAGGACGACGCGUUCCCCGGCUCGCCCCCGGAGCGGGAGUGCAGGCCCCUGAAGAAGCGCAAGGGGCGGCGGCCGCGGUGGACGCGGGUGGUGAACCGGGCGCAGAGGCCGGCGUGCGCGGCCGAGGACAGGCGGUGCGAGCCUCACCUGGCCCCGCCGGCGCCCCCUCACAAACCCAGACCGGUGGGACGUCCGCCCAACCCCAACCGGGUGCCUCCCUCCGUGUCCCAGCUCUUCGCGGCCCCCCCCAGGAAACGGGGUCGCCCCAAGUCCAAGAUGCCCCGGCUGGACGCCCCCCAGCCCGGCCGCGCCGCGCGGCUGCCCCCCUCCAAGGUGUACUCCCUGCUCAAGUCCAAAGAGGAGCAGGACCCCCCCGUCUUGCACCCGGAGGUGGACCUGCACCCUCCGCAGCCCGCGCCCAGGAAGCGGGGGCGACCCAAGCGCCUGCCUCCCAACCUGCCCCAGGAGGCCCAGCCCCCGACCCUGGCCCCGGAGGAGAGGGGGGGCGGCGGGCUGACGGCGGGAGGAGACGGCGGUGGGGAAGCGGACAGGGCCUUCCGCAGGAAGGGCAACGGCCAGCUGAUCAUGAAGACCAUCAUCGGCAAGAUCAACAAGAUGAAGACCCUGAAGCGCAAGCGGCUCCUCAGCCAGAUCCUCCUGGGCCCCGCGUCGGCGGCGGCGGCGGCCGAGUCCUCGCGGGCGGCGGGCGGGGAGGCGGGCGGGGCCGUGGCCGCCGCCGCCGCCGCCGCUAAGCACUCCUUGUCUUCCCUGGCGGCCUCCUUCGGGAGCAAGCUGGGCCCUCAGAUCAACGUCAGCAAGAAAGGGACCAUCUACAUGGGCAAGAGGAGGGGGCGCAAGCCCAAAGCGGCGGCGGCCGGCCCCUGCGCCCCUGCGCCCCUGCCCGAGAGCUUCCCGCCCCCGGCCUCCCACUCGCCCCUCCACCAUCCCCACUCGCAGUCCCAGCAGCACCCUCCCCCGCCGGAGGUGUUUCCCUCGCCCGCGCUCUCGCAGUCCAGCGGCGGGCAGAGCCCCGCCAGCGACGCCGGGUUCGUGGAGCCGGGCGCCGUGCACUUUGCGCCGCACGCCCACUGCAGCCACGCCCACCACGCCCACCACCCCUUCCCGCUCCGCCCCCCGUCCUCGCCGGCCCCCUCCCCGGCCCGCCCCCUUGGCUCCGCCCCCGCCGCCGCCGCCCCCCCUUCCCUGCUCAGGAAGUCCUCGUGCCGGGGCCACCACCACCAUCACUACCGGCACCACUUUCACUAUCGCAAGCUCUCGCCGCCCCCGCCCCUGCUGCCCACCUCCCCCUCGCACCUGAGCGAGCUGAAGGAGGCCACGCCCUCGCCCGUCAGCGAGUCGCACAGCGAGGAGACGGUGCCCAGCGACAGCGGCAUCGGGACGGACAACAACAGCACCUCCGACCGGGGCGAGAAGGGAGGGGGCGGGGGCCUGGGCGGCUUGGGCGGCUUGGGCGGGUUAAGCGGCCUGGGCAUGGCCCACGGAAUGGCGGGGGGAGUCCUGAUGCCCGGGGUCGUGGGGUCGAUGGCGGGGGCGACGGUCGGGGUCGGCCCGCGCGGGCGCCGGAGGCACGCUUCCUCGGCGCUGCUGGACCGCCCCUCGCCCUCGCCCUCCCCCCUGGGCUCCGGGGUGUCCCCGGACCCCCGCCGGACCCCCCCCGCGCCGCCGCCCCCGUCGCUGGUCAGCCACAAGGAGAAGCACAAGCACAAGUGCAAGCGGCGCGGGCACGGCUGCCCCGGCUACGACAAGCUCAAGCGGCAGAAGCGCAAGCGCAAGAAGAAGUACCUGCAGCUGCGCGCCCGCCGCCAGGACCCCGACUUCCUGGCCGAGCUGGAGGACGUGACCGUCCGGCUGAGCGAGAUCCGGAUAGCCCACCGCGGCGCCGCGGCGGGGCUGGGGAGCGCUUUGGGGCGGGGCGGAGGCGGCGGCGGCGGCGCGGGGAGCAGGGGCCCGGGGGCCGGCGGGAGCGGCGUCGGGGGAGGUCACCCCCCGUCCCACCACUACCUGACCAGGGACCUCCUGCCCACCAUCUUCCGGAUCAACUUCAGCGGGUACUACUCGCCCCACCCGGCCUACCCCUGCGACUCGCUGCACUACGUCCGCAAGCCCGACCUGAAGAAGAAGCGCGGCCGGCCGCCCAAGCUGCGCCAGGCCAUGGCCGAGGUGCCCUUCGUCCACGGGCUGGGCUUCCCGCUGUCCGGGGCCGGCUUCUACCACCCCUCCUACGGCGUCCCGUACUCGUCCCCCCCCCUGGGACUGAGCUACUACCGGGGUUACCCCCCGGCGGCCGCCCUCUAUCACCACCCCCCGGCCCACCCUGCCCCGCCCCACCCGCACCACUCGCCCUCCUUCCCCCCGCCCCCUCCGCCCUCCUACAUGCACCACCACGCCCCGCACCUCCUGCUCAACCCCGCCAAGUUCCACAAGAAGAAGCACAAGCUCCUGCGGCAGGAGUUUUUGGGAGGGGGCCGGUCCCCCGUGCUGUACCCGGGCGUGGCGCCCGAGCUGUCCUACGGCUGGCUGCACGAACACAAACACAAGCACCGGCACAAGCACCGGGACCGGCGGGGGGAGGAGGGCGGGGCCGAGGCGGGGGGAGGAGCCGGAGGCCCCCCGGGGCUCUCCGGAGGUACGGGUUUGGGAGGCGCGGGAAGAGGCGCCGGCGGCAUGAUGGACUCCCUGCAGCGCUACCGGUACGGAAAAGACCCCGCCGCCGCCGCCGCCAGCGCCGGCAACUUGGCGGCCACGCCCCCGGCCAACUCCCCUUCCUCCUCCUCCUCGUCCUCGGCGGAGAGGUACAAGCGCAAGGACGCGCCCUUCCCGUGCCUGGGGCCCGCGUACCUGUCGGCGGCGGGGGGAGGGGGGGGCGCGAGAGGCUACCACCUCCAGGAGUCCUGGCUGCGGAGGGGCGGCCCCGACGCGGACUACGCCGGCUUCUCCAGAAAGACCCGCCCGGGCCAGGACCCGUUCGCGGCGGGCCGCCUGCCGGACCCCGAGGGCUGCUCGGACAGCGAGGAGGAGGAGGAGGAGGAGGAGGAGGAGGAGCCUCUGACGCCCCCGCCCGGUUCGGUGCAGCCGCGCCCCCCGCCCCGGCACACCAACCUGUUCGCCUCCGCCCUGAGCCGGUCCGCCUCCUCCAGGGGCGGCCGGGGCCGGAGGGGCGGGUCCGCGGCGGCGGGCCACGCCCGCGGCUUCGCGGGAUUGGACGGGACACUCAGGAAAGACCGCCCCUCGUCAGCUGAGAGGAGAGAGACAGGCAUGGUCCUGGAGACCCGCGGCUCCCACUCUGGCGCCCCCGAAGGCCUGGAGGAGGCGUCGCACCCGCAGUACCAGCAGCUCGGCGCGCACGCUCACCUGCACUACCCCUCCCGCCACGCCUUGCACUGCAGCCACGACGUGCCUGUGGGGGGGGGGCCCGGCCGGGAGAGGGGGGGCGGCGGGGGCGGCGGCGGCAGCCGGCAGCCCAGCCCCUCGGCCCGGCCCUCCCCGGCGUGCUCCCUGGACCCCGCCUCCCGGUCCCCCGGCCCCUCCCCCUCCGCCCGCGCCCGGCAGCCCCCCGGCCCGCACCGGCCCUGCCCCCGGAGCCCCGGGCGAGGGUGCGAGAGGGCGCUGUCCACCAAGCGCAGCCUGGACCACGUCAACAAGAUCCUCCGGGCCAAGAAGCUGCAGAGGCAGGCGCGCGUCGGCAACAACGUGGUGAAGAGGCGGGGCCCCGGCCGGCCCAGGAAGUACCCCCUGCCUUCCCCGCCCCCGUCCCCGCCGUCCCCGCCGACCCCGCCCCCCGCGCCCCCCCGGACCCCGCCGACCUCGCCCCCCCAGCACAGGGAGAGGAGGGGGGGGGGAGACACCGUGCUGGACGCAAUCGAGGCCGUGGUGCAGGGCCAGCACCGGGCCGGGCAGAAACGGAAGAGCUGGGAGAGGGGCGGCGGAGAGGAGGAGGAGGAGGAGGAAGAGGAGGAUGAGGAGGAGGAGGAGGACGAAGAGGAGGCGGUGGUGGAGGAGGACGAGCCUGACGAAGAGGAGGAAAGGGUGAACGGGGGAAAGGAGGAGGAGCAGGGCAGGGGAGCAGGCCCUAGGGAGGACGUCAGAAGACUGUGGUUCAGCCAGGACGAGCUGCUGGGUAUUCACAGUGCUCUGGAGGGCAAGCCCAGUGGCCCCGCCUCCCCGGAGCGCUUGGCCCAGUCGCCGACGGAGCAGGCCCCGCCCCUGGCCCUGACCAGCCAACGGGAGAAGAGAGCAGCCCGGCCUCCCAAGAAGAAGUUCCAGAGGGCCGGCUUGUAUUCCGACGUCUACAAGACCACAGAUCCUCGCAGUCAGCUGCUGCAGCUGAAGAAGGAGAGGUUGGAGUACACACCUGGGGAGCACGAGUACGGCCUCUUCCCCGCUCCCAUUCACGUCGGGAAGUACCUGCGGCAGAAGCGCAUCGACUUCCAGCUGCCCUACGACAUCCUGUGGCUGUGGAAACACAACCAGCUGUACAAGAAGCCGGACGUCCCGCUGUACAAGAAGAUCCGCUCCAACGUGUACGUGGACGUGAAGCCGCUCUCCGGGUACGAGGCCACCACCUGCAACUGCGAGAGGCCCGAGGAUUCGCACGAGAAGGGCUGCAUCGACGACUGCCUCAACAGGAUGAUCUUCGCGGAGUGCUCGCCCAACACCUGCCCGUGCGGGGAGCGGUGCGACAACCAGCACAUCCAGAGGCACGAGUGGGUGCAGUGCCUGGAGCGCUUCCGCGCCGAGGGCAAGGGCUGGGGCAUCCGCACCAAGGAGCCGCUCCGGUCCGGCCAGUUCAUCAUCGAGUACCUGGGGGAGGUGGUGAGCGAGCAGGAGUUCAGGAAGCGCAUGAUCGAGCAGUACUGCGCCCACAGCGACCACUACUGCCUGAACCUGGACAGCGGCAUGGUGAUCGACAGCUACCGCAUGGGCAACGAGGCGCGCUUCAUCAACCACAGCUGCGCGCCCAACUGCGAGAUGCAGAAGUGGUCAGUGAACGGGGUGUACCGCAUCGGCCUGUUCGCCCUGACGGACAUGAGCAGCGGCACGGAGCUCACCUACGACUACAACUUCCACUCCUUCAACAUGGAGGAGCAGCAAGUGUGUAAGUGCGGCUCGGAGAGUUGCCGGGGCAUCAUCGGUGGGCGGAGCCAGCGGGUCAACGGGCUCCCUGGGAAGGGGGGCGGAGCCGCGGGCGGGGCCAGGAGGCCGGGCCGGCUGAAGGAGAAGCGCAAGUCCAGGCACCAGCUGAAGAAGCGGGAGGAGGAGUCCAGCGACAGCAGCAGGUUUUACCCCCACCUGCACAUGAAGCCCAUGUCCCACAGAGAGAGGAACUUUGUAUUGAAGCACAGCGUGUUCCUGGUGCGCAACCUGGAGCGGAUGAGGGAGAAGCAGGAGCAGCUGCGGAGGGAGGGAGAGAGGGAGCGCGAGAGGGAGAGGGACAAGGAGGGCGGCGGCCUCUCGCUCUACACGCGCUGGGGCGGAGUCAUCCGGGACGACGGCAACAUCAAAUCGGACGUGUUCCUGACGCAGUUCUCGGCGCUGCAGACGUCGCGCUCGGUGCGCACGCGGAGGCUGGCGGCGGCCGAGGAGAACAUGGAGGUCACGCGCACCGCCCGCCUCGCCCACAUCUUCAAGGAGAUCUGCGACAUGAUCAUCAGCUACAAGGACUCAGCCAAUCAGCCCCUCGCUGCUCCCCUGCUCACACUGCCUUCCAGGAAACGAAACGUGCAGUACUACGAGAAGGUGCCCGACCCGCUGGACCUGAGCACCAUCGAGAAGCAGAUCCUCACCGGCCACUACAAGACCGUGGAGGCCUUCGACACCGACAUGCUCAAAGUCUUCCGCAACGCUGAGAAGUUCUACGGCCGCAAGUCUUCCGUGGGGCGGGACGUGUGCCGCCUGCGCAAGGCCUACUACGGGGCGCGGCACGAGGCCGCCGUCCAGAUCGACGAGAUCGUGGGCGAGACGGCCAGCGAGGCCGACAGCUCCGACUCGCUGGAGAGGGACCACGCCCACCACCCCGCCGGGGGCGGGGCCGGCCCCCACGACAAGGACGACGACGUCAUCCGCUGCAUCUGCGGCAUGUACAAGGACGAGGGCCUGAUGAUCCAGUGCGAGAAGUGCAUGGCGUGGCAGCACUGUGACUGCAUGCGGGUGCAGGCGGACGUGGAGCACUACCUGUGCGAGCAGUGUGACCCCCGCCCCGUGGACAGGGAGGUACCCAUGCUGCCGCAGCCCGUCUACGCCCAGACCAGCUCCGUCUACUACAUCUGCCUGCUCCGGGACGACCUCCUGCUACACCAGGGGGACUCGGUGUACCUGAUGCGGGACAGUCGGCGCACCCCAGACGGCCAGCCCGUCAGGCAGUCCUACCGCCUCCUAUCCCACGUCAACAGGGAGAAACUGGACAUCUUCCGCAUCGAGAAACUCUGGAAGAACGAGAAGGGCGAGCGGUUUGCGUUCGGUCAUCACUACUUCCGCCCCCACGAGACCCACCACUCCCCGUCCCGCCGCUUCUACCACAACGAGCUGUUCCGCGUGCCGCUCUACGAGAUCAUCCCGCUGGAGGCCGUGGUGGGAAUGUGCUGCGUCCUCGACCUCUACACCUACUGCAAGGGCCGGCCGAAGGGCGUGCGAGAGCAGGACGUGUACAUCUGCGACUACCGCCUGGACAAGUCCGCGCACCUCUUCUACAAGAUCCACCGCAACCGCUACCCCAUCUGCACCAAGCCCUACGCCUUCAACCACUUCCCCAAGAGGCUGGCCCCCAAGAGGGACUUCUCUCCUCACUACGUCCCAGACAACUACAAGCGGAACGGGGGCCGUUCGGCCUGGAAGAGCGAGCGGCCCAAGCUGGCGUGCAAGGAGGGCGGGGCCGCCUGCGUGGGCGCGGCCGGCUGCGAGGACGGCUCCUCCCCCGGGGACGCGGUGCCGUGCGACGGGGGCGGAGCCUCCCGACCCGACGGCGAGGAGGCGGCGGCGGCGGCGGCGAGGGAGGGGGACUCGGAUCUCCCCUCCAGGGAAACCCCGCCCCCGGCCGUCCCCGCCCACCCGACCCCGCCCCCUCUCCCCCAGCCCCCGGCGGAGCGGGAGGCGGCGGAGGAGGAGGACGAGGAGGAGGAGGAGCGGGGGGAGCCGGAGGAAGGGUCGGCGGAGCGGGGGGAGGCGCUGGAGCCGCCCUCGCCCUCCCUGCUGCACUCGGAGGUGGAGAAGAGGGAGGCGCAGAGGGAGCGACUCAACAAGAUCCUCCUCAACCUCCUGCACAGAACCCCCAGCAAGAACGUGAUCGACGUGACCUACCUCCUGGAGGAGGGGUCCGGGCGGAGGCUGCGCAGACGGACGCUGGGUUUGGGAGAUUUCUGCAGGAAGUGACGUCACCGGGCGCACCCGGCAGAGGCGCACGCCCCCUUCGGGAAGCGAUGGGGGAGGGGCGAGAGGAGGAAGUGAAAGGAAGGGGCGGAGGUCGUGCGAUGGAGAGAGGGACAAGGGGGGGUGUUAACUUCCUUUCCUCCGAGCCCCGCCCCUCCCACGUCUGUCCCCCUCUCCCAUCCCUCCUUCCGCAGAGGGACAGACAGGAGAACACAGCGUGGGCUAGAAGGACCGCACACGCGAGCGAAAGAGGCGUGUGUGUGGGAGCCGGGGGAUUGGGUGGGGAGGGGGAGGGUGGCACGGACAGGAAGUGAUGCGUGGUGGAGGAGGAGGAAGUAGCCACGCCUCACCAGGAAGCGCUGGCCCCAGGGAAGGACAGUGAAACCUGGAAACGGAGAGGACUUUCAGACACACCGCGAAGGCGGUCCGGGAGUACGGGUGAGCGGGGCCCGGCCGGAGGGCGACAGCGCCCCACGGUGGCCAGCGAGAGCCGAAGGAGGGAGAGAGGCAGGCGGAGACGGGCGGGGGCGUGCGGCACGGGGCCCCGCCCCCAAGCACAUGUAUACUGUAGCCGAGACGGCGGACCGCGACGGUCGCUUUCUCUGGGGGUGGUGACAUCAUAGAUGUAACGUACGCAUCACCGAAGCCAGAUUAAAACGGGCGGCGCGUCCGGAUCGGUCCGUCCGAGCGUCCCGUCCAGGGGUCGUCUUUUAAGUGCCAGCUCCGCUCGACGAGAAACGCGAAUCGAGUCGGGCGACAGAGAGAGAGAGAGAGAGAAAGCGUCGACGCUCUCUGUCGAGCCUUAGGACACUCGUGUCCAGACUGGUUUGUGUGCGCUUGCGAAUUCCCAGAAUUCCUCUAAAACUUAAGGGCUUGACAGCAAACAUAACCGUUAAUGGAAAAAGCAUUAAACAAACUCUUAUGUUGAAAAGAACAUAACGCGCGACCCAGUGCUCAUACUUCCUGUGUAUUUGGGGGUGGGGGCGGGGGCGGGGGUGGGGGGCGGUUGGGGUUGAGGUUUGGGGGGGGGGGUGUUAGAGUUGCCCUUUGUUGAUCUCUCGCAGUUUCUUUGAUUAUUGUGUUUCUGGUUGCCAUAGAGAAUGUUUUCAAAUAUCGUGAUGAAAUUUUUACCUGUACGAACUGAGACGGGACAGCGACCCACGAGACAAGCUAGGGCACCCCCAAGCAUGGACACCCUGAGAAAUCUGACACUUAAGAAGCUGUACAGUGCCAAGUUGUAUAUAGACUGGAAAACCCACGUGAGCAGUCUCAAAAAAGCAAUAUCCUGAUUAUGUAUUGUAUAGGACCCAGCCCGGCGUGUAUUAAAUAUUAAUAUUGUUAUAAUUAUUACUGUCGAUAUACAUAAGCUUGGAAAUGCGUCUGUUGGGACGAACGGGGACGUUCGGCAGUGAAUGACUGUAGACAUCCGAAUACAUUUAUAGUAAUGUAUAUGAUAACUGAGGCUCGGUCCUGAGAGAGAGAGAGAGAGAGAGAGAGAGAGAGAGAGAGACUGGAAGAGAACAUUCAGAGUGACUUCUUUAAAGAUCUUGGGACAAAGCCGUGACAAGUACGCUUCGGUUAUUGUCACUGUAAUAAUGAUAAUUACUAUUGAGAACCGAAGAGUUCUCAGCUUUGCUGCAGUGUUGAACACUAAAAAAAAAUAAAUAAUAAAUAAACAUGAAAUGUGAUAUUUUCCAAGAUGACGGAGAAAGUAAACGAAACAAAAACAGACUCAGCUGCAUACGUCAUGUUCCUGAUCGCGGUCGUUCUUUUUUUAAGGGGGGGGGGAAAAGUUCCAAUUUUUUGGUGAAAUCAGUUGUACAUGCAAUGCUUGUAUUUCCGUGCGUUUUUGUGCAAUUUGUUUUUGUUGUUUUUUUUAGACAAUCACAAGUUGCUAACAUUUGUAAAUGGACAGACUGGCAGACUGUGUGUGGUUGUACCUUUCGUCCGGUCCCGUUUGACCUCUGGCUCAGAGUUUGUAAUUAUGAUUCUACAGUUUCGACAGUGCGGUUUGUUUUUACUUUGUUUUUGUUUUAUAUUUUUUUUAAAUAAAAAGCACUACAUUAUUUCCGAUAGAAGAUUUUAUUAUUGUCCUGACAAAUACGAUUGUGGUUAUAAGAAUUAUUUAUCUUGUUUGCUUGAAAGCAAAAUGUGGCUGACAUUUUUUUGUCAAUACUUUACUUUUAGAAAAAAGAAAAUAAAUGCAAACAAAGCAACAAAAAAAAAGAAUCUUAUCGGCCAGUAAUUUUUUGGAUUUUGAUCUUUGUAAAAAAAAAAAGAAAAAAAAAGAAAUUAAAAUACUGUUGAAAAACUAAA